CUACCCCAACUAGGGAGAGUUGGAUUCCCUGUUUUCUCCAACCUUCUCUCCUCCAUAAUAGAACAGAAAUUAUACUUUGUUGUUAUCAGCGGUAAUUGGACUAAUAGUGGAGUUGGUCUAGCUGAAACUAAAAAACAUGAUCGAUGUCACUAAAAUACAUUGAUAAUUUAUGGUAUCAACCACCUGAGAAUUCGGAACUUGUCAGCACCGAAUUCUUUAUUUUCCGGAUAGAAAAAAGAAAAGAAAAAAAAGUUAGAACUCCACAUGCGUGUCAUAUUAAACAAACAACCAAGAAAAGCUACUCCAUGGAGGAGUCAAUCAAGCCAAUUGAUUGCCGAUACAACUUGUUGACAGUUUUCUCCUUUAUCUUUCUUUUUUCUUUUCAUGUGAAGCUAUCUAAACCAAGGGUUCUUUCUUGUCAAGAUCCAGAUCACAAGACCUCAAUAGUCAGGUAAUGGUAAUUGUUUGAUCAUUAGUUUAAUUUUAAGAUGAAUUCAAAAUCUACUUGUGAUUAUAAGACCGCUGAAUUAGUUGGUAACAACAACUCACUGCAUCAUGAGAAUUCGUCAUCUGUUAUUAUAGCUAAUAAUGUAGAUCUCUUAAUGCAAAUCUUAUUGCAUUUACCAGUAAAAUCUCUGCUUGUAUCUAAAUCCGUUUCAAAAAGAUGGUUUUCACUCAUCUCCGAUCCAAUUUUCAUUGAGAAACAUUUUCUUGAAAACCCACAUUCAAUUCCUGGAUUAUUCAUGCAUAAUCUACUGUCAGGUCCAUAUAUACCAGAACUUGAAUUCGUCUCAUUAGAUACUUCUGCGUCUUCACCCUUUAACACCUUAGAUUUUAUUGAAGAUCCAUUAGGUGUACAGAUCAAUCAAUCUUGCAAUGGUCUUCUCUGUUGCAGAAGCUAUAGAGGCACAUUUGUAGAUCACACUUAUUAUAUUUGCAAUCCAUCCACAAGACAGUACCGUGCAAUCUUUUGCGGUUCGCGGGGAGAAAAACAAGGUUUUGUAUCGCUUUGUAGUGUCAGCUUAGCUUUCGAUGUGCUCAAGUCGCCUCAUUAUAAAGUUGUUUGCAUUUGGUUGUUGAAGAAAACUACAAACACUGGUGAUGUCAAGUUUUAUCAUCAAAUUGAACUAUACUCUUCCGAAACAGCGUCUUGGAAGCUCUCUGGCAAUGUUUUCCCCGCUCCUCGAGAUGUAUUUUACAAAGUUGGUGAAUUCUGGAAUGGUUCAUUACAUUGGCUCGACCUUUCCAAAGAAGGGAAAUCUGUUUGUUUUAGUGUUGAGCAAGAGCUGAUCAUGGAAAUGCCUAAGCCACCCCGUAGUGAUGGGAUGUUUUGUAUAUACUUCGCGGAGUGUAGAGGUCAUCUACAUCUUAUUCAGACACAUGAAUCACGCACCAGUUUUGAAAUUUUGGAGAUGAUGGAUGACUAUAAGGGGUGGGAUGUUAAAUAUCGUGUCAACAUCGAUGAUUUAACCAAUGCAUAUCCGAAUAUCACAAAAGAUGCGACAUUGCAGUUCCAUUAUCUUCAAUUCUCUGUUUUGCUUGUUGAGGUAAAGGAAAGAAAAUCAUCAACAAAUCUAAAUAGAGUGCAAGGAAAAGUGUCGUUGAAUUUAGUGAUACAAGUACUUGAUGAAGUUAUUUCCUAUGAUCUAGAGGAAAUGGGAAUCAAGAAAAUUGAUAAACUUUCACCAACAACCAACUUGCAUCGGCGAAAUAGUCCUUUUCAGUACAUUGAGACACUCACUUGUAUUUGAUGAAUCAAUUCAUGUUGUAUCCAUGUUGGUUAUAAUGUCAAUGGGUUGCUCAUUGGAUGAGUUUCGGUUUAAGUACAUGUGCCUCUUGAAUACAUACGACCGAAGGAUGAUGCUUGUGAGUUUUCUGGAACACUGACACGAAAUUAUGGUCAAUACUAUAACCCUCCAGCCUGGAUUCUAAGCCUAAUUUCUGACUGGUGAUCUUGCACCUCCUCUGGUCCUUACAAAAGAGUUUUGGGACAGAGUCGUCAGACUCUAUGCUGUGGUCAUGUAUCCAUCUGGGCUUGAGCGUAAUGAAAGAUCCUCCAGCAAAUAAGGGAAGCCUGCUCUCUGAUAUCAUUUUAGAAGUUAAGCUGAAAGCCUUUCCUUGGUGAGUUCUCAUGCCAGCUUCUUUAAUGUCUCCGUAGAUGACAUAGUCUGUAAUUGGCCAAGAGGAGCAGGAAGGCAAAUCUGUUUAUGUCAAUGUUGUUCAAGAGUUAUCUGUGAACCAAUGCUUUUCAGUACAUAGAGACACUUACUUGUGUUCAAUAAUACAAUGGCUGUAUUAGAUGAGUUUCAAUUU